AUGUGCGAUCGCCGCCAGUUUGUCGAGUUGCUUGAUUUGUUUGACGAGGCGCGGUUUGCUAGUGUGGUGUUUAUGAUUCACCGUGCGUCGAUGCUUGAUGAGUUGAGGCGGAUUAUGGCGUUUGUCAACUGUAUGGUUCCGUGUCGAUUGGUCGCUGAUGUUUGUUUGCUGGAAGCUCUGGAAAGCGCUGGCGCAAAGGGCGAUUUCGACGAGUACGACUGGGUCGGUUUACUUUGUGAGUUGUAA